UCCCUUCGACACCUCUACCCCCAGAGACCCGCCUCUGCCGGAAUCAUAGGCUCGUCUAUAACUUUCCCCGCAUUUUUGAUCGCCAGAAAGGAAGGCCGGGUCUCUCAUAAAGCACUUCGGAAAAUGCGGCGGAACGCGCUUCGUCCCAUAUAAUUCUCAGCAAUUCUCCUCCCCAGAGUAACCGUGGUGCUCCACCCACAAGCUCAGGCCCACCCGAGAGCUCGAGUACCGGGGCUUGUUCACCGAAACGGCCCUCACGUUAUCCUGAGGGCCUUCAUUCUCUGCAUUCUACCGCCAACAUGACAGCUUCCAUCGACAUCAAUCCUUCAUUACCACCUGCCAUUCCAGCCAUGGCCUCCGAAUCACUUCAGAACCGCCGGGCGCGGCCCAGCCAGGUCACGACCGACCUGAUACCCCAGACGGAGCUGGUCUUGAUACCGCCCUCGGCCCUUAGCAAUUCCUCUGUAUCGCCCGCCUCGCAACAUGGCUCGCCUGCCGAGACCGUCGCGACGGGCAUCACCACCAGCAGCUCUCUUCAAGCGUCCCCCGAGACACUGGUGGGUUGCCAAGAAAAGGGGCUGGAAGACAUUGACCAGCUGGUCGUGCCUUUCCAACUCCCCGAGUCCAUCAUCGCCAAACAGCAGCCUCGACAGACCGUCACUGAGAUGUCGAGGAGGGCCAGCACUGCCUCGCUCAGCCAGCCCACCUUCAAGACCACCGGCACGACAGCCAUGGGCGAGGUGAAGCUGAGCAUCGUCCGGCGUGCCUCCAUGACGGUUCGCAAGGCCGCCGGCUUGAUGAACAGGCGGCCGUCAUCAACUCACCCUAGGAGCCGCGACGGGAGCGUCGGGCCCGGGGUAAUACGCCGGAGAGGCAGCACGAGCAACCCCAACACACCCUAUGAGAACAUCAGCCCCUUUGAUAGCGACUCGGAUAACGAGGCUGCUAUCGUAGUGGAAGACCGCCCCGGUGACGACGUGACGCUUCAGGAGACGGGCUCCAUCCGUUCAUCAACCUCGUCCGAUGGGUUCGGAUUGAUCCCGCUCUCCCUUCGCCAAGGAAUGGCCCUGACCAAGGUCUCCAAGAAGAAGAGCACUAAACGGAUCACGUUGUACCUCGAUCCCGAUACGGCUAAGAUCUGGUGGGACAGGAACAAGUACCUUUACAUUGACGACAUCAGAGAGAUUCGCACCGCCGAAGACAUCCGGCAAUAUCGGCUCGACGCUGCGCUUCCGGAAUCGGUAGAGCCUCGUUUCUUCUCUCUCAUCUACACGCUCCCCAACAAGACAAACACCAAGCUGUUGCACCUCAUUGCCGACAGCGACGAGUCGUUCCAUCAGUGGAUCGAGGCCCUCGAGACCAUCUCCAAGCAUCGCCAGGACUUUGCAACAAGCCUGAUGUCGUUCAACGACAAGGCUGUCCGCGCGUACUGGGGGAUGGAGAUGGAGAGGCAGCUGGGAAAGAUGCGCUCCGCUGAGGACGAGCACAUCGACUUCGCCGGCGUUGAGCGUGUGUGCCGCAGCCUGCACAUCCACGUGUCCGUCGACGAGUUGCGCAGAAAGUUCGACAUGGUCAAAUCUCGACGGGCCAGCUCGGACCAUCUGCCAUCCGGCAUGAAGCCCAGCUCCCGGCUCAACUUCGACGAGUUCAUCGAAUUUGUGCGCCUCAUGAAGACCCGCGGAGACAUUCAAACCAUCUACCACACCCAUGCGAAAAACCCCAUGUGUGGAAUGACCAAGGAUGAGUUUCUUCAAUUCCUGCGCGAUGUGCAGCACGAGGCUGUCGACGACGACCUGGCCUCUUGGGAGCUCGUCUUUGCACGGUUCGCCCGCAAGGGUAGGUCGAGGGACGCCGAAAAGCAAGGAAUCCCGGGCGAGGAGCGGUUGACCAUGUCGGAGACCUCGUUUGCUGGCUUUCUGACCUCUACCUCGAACGAGGUCGUCCCCAAGGAGCCCCAGGACUACGUGCUCGACCGGCCCAUGAACGAAUACUACAUUUCGAGCUCGCAUAACACGUACUUGAUCGGCCGCCAGGUGGCCAGCAUCUCGAGCCACGAAGGUUACAUCUCGGCUCUGCUGCGGGGCUGCCGCUGCAUCGAGGUCGACUGCUGGGACGGGGAGGCCAACCAGCCGGUCGUGACGCACGGUCACACCCUGACCACGAGCAUCUCGUUUCUGGAGGUGAUCAAGACCAUCAACAAAUACGCUUUCGCCAAAUCGCGCUUCCCUCUCUGGAUCUCGCUCGAGGUGCGCUGCAACCCAAACACGCAGAUCAACAUGGCCAAGAUCAUGAUCGACAUCUUCGGCGACAAGCUUGUGCGGGCGCCCUUGGACCCGUCCUCAGAUCGCCUGCCCUCACCAUCGGAGUUGAUGGACCGCAUCCUCAUCAAAGUCAAGAAGUCGGACGAGUCUAUCAGGAACAUCGAUCGGCCCACCGGGCGCCGGCGCGGCAACAGCAUGCCCUCACCGUAUCAGCGGGCACUGGCGAUGGAGAGCGUGCCUGUGCCAGUCCCGUCGAGUCCCCUUUUGAGCCCGUCCCCAGCUUCGAGGUCCAACCGGCAGAUCAACACCAUUACCGAGGGCCUGGUCCACGAAGCCGUCAGUAGUAGCCCUAGUGAGUGUGAUAGCGAAGGCGAAGUGGGCGCCGCGAAAAAGGUCAGCAGCAAGAUCCAUCCCGUCUUGGGGGAGCUGGGCGUCUACUGCAUGGGCAUCCACUUUGAUGGUUUCGACAGCCCCGACGCUAAGAAAUUCAACCACAUCUUCUCUUUCAAGGAGAAGACGUUUGCCGAGAAGAACCAGCCGAGCGAGGGGAAGAGGGCAAUGUACCGCCACAACAUGCGCCACCUGAUGCGCGUCUAUCCCAACGGCGGGCGGAUCUCGUCGAGCAAUUUCGAUCCCCUCAUCUACUGGAAGCGCGGAGUGCAGAUGGCGGCCCUCAACUGGCAGACUUUCGACACGGGCAUGCAGCUGAACCAAGCCAUGUUCGACGGCGGCACAGCUCAGUCAGGCUAUGUCCUCAAGCCCUUGGAGGGGCGCCAAAUCCAAGUGAUGCCUAACCUAUCCCCUGACGAGUGCGUGGGUAGGCGGCCGCGGAAGAAGGUCGCCUUCGAGAUCGAGGUCAUCGCUGCGCAGCAGUUGAUGCGGCCCUCGAACCUGGGCGAGAAGCGCACGCUGGACCCUUACGUCGAGGUCGAGGUGUUGAUGGCUGACGACAAGCGGAACAAGGCGGAUGCGGCUGCGUAUGCUGCAGCCCAACAAAUGCAGCUCAAGCAACGCACCAAAAUCGUGCCGAACAAUGGAUUCAACCCCGAAUUCGACAAGACUUGUGCCUUCGACGUCACCACCAAAUAUCCCGACUUGAUCUUUGUACGGUUCAGCGUCAAGCUUGGUGACAGGAGCGGAUACAACGACAAGGCACCCUUUGCCACUUACACCGUCAAGCUCUGCGACCUCAAGCAAGGCUACCGCACGAUCCCACUUUACAACCACCGAGGGGAGCGCUUCCUAUUCUCGACCCUCUUCUGCAACAUUAAGAAGGGCCCAUUCACCGACAUCAUGGUUUCGUACCAGGAAGACGCGCCCAAGAAUGGCAACAAACUCAAGAACAUUGGCAGAAAUGUCUUUGCCAACACGAGCCCCAAGUCUAGCAUGGACAGCGGCCGAACAACAUGAUCGUUUCGCCUUGGGACAUCCGUAGCAGUACUUUCGCUGCGAG